AUGAGAGAAAUUAUUCAUUUAUCCACAGGACAAUGUGGUAACCAAAUUGGUGCUGCCUUCUGGGAAACCAUUUGUGGUGAACACGGUUUGGAUUUCGAUGGUAACUACCACGGUUCAGAUGAUAUUCAAAAGGCUAGAUUAAACGUGUACUUUAACGAAGCUUCCUCCGGUAAAUGGGUUCCAAGAUCUGUUAACAUUGAUUUGGAACCAGGUACCAUUGAUACUGUGCGUAACUCUAAAAUUGGAACUUUAUUUAGACCAGACAAUUACAUUUUUGGUCAAUCUUCCGCAGGUAAUGUUUGGGCAAAAGGUCACUAUACAGAGGGUGCAGAGUUGGUUGACUCUGUGAUGGAUGUUGUGAGACGUGAAGCCGAAGGAUGUGAUUCUCUACAAGGUUUCCAAAUUGCACACUCUCUUGGUGGUGGUACUGGUUCUGGUAUGGGUACCUUGUUGAUAUCGAAGAUCAGAGAAGAAUUCCCUGACAGAAUGAUGGCCACUUUCUCGGUCGUACCAUCUCCAAAAACAUCCGACACUGUUGUGGAACCAUACAAUGCCACUCUAUCUGUUCACCAGUUGGUGGAACAUGCUGAUGAGACUUUCUGUAUCGACAACGAAGCGCUUUACGAUAUAUGUCAAACUACUCUAAAACUACCACAACCAGAUUAUGCUAACCUAAAUCACUUGGUUUCCAGUGUGAUGUCAGGUGUCACUACUUCUCUACGUUAUCCAGGGCAAUUGAACUCGGACUUGAGAAAAUUGGCUGUGAAUUUAGUUCCAUUCCCAAGAUUACACUUCUUUAUGGUAGGUUACGCGCCAUUGACUUCUAUUGGUUCUCAAUCCUUCAGAUCACUAUCAGUUUCGGAAUUAACCACACAAAUGUUUGACUCUAGAAAUAUGAUGGCAGCUUCUGACCCAAGAAAUGGUAGAUAUUUGACUGUAGCCGCCUUCUUCCGUGGUAAGGUAAGUGUCAAGGAAGUUGAAGACGAAAUGCAUAAGGUUCAAACAAGAAACUCAUCAUACUUUGUCGAAUGGAUCCCUAACAAUGUUCAAACAGCUGUUUGUUCUGUACCACCAAAGGAUCUAGAUAUGUCUGCUACUUUCAUCGGUAAUUCCACAUCUAUCCAAGAGUUGUUCAGAAGAGUAGGGGACCAAUUCAGUGUCAUGUUCAAGAAGAGAGCGUUUUUGCAUUGGUACACCAAUGAAGGUAUGGAAGAAAUCGAAUUUUCUGAGGCUGAAUCUAACAUGAACGACUUGGUGAGCGAAUACCAACAAUACCAAGAAGCUACCGUUGAGGAUGACGAAGAAUUGGAAUUCGUUGACGAACAACCAAUGACUGAAAACUUCGAAUAA